CAAACAUACAAAAGAAAUCUGUGUGUAGAGCACGUAUGAUAGGAUGCGACAAAGCCGUAAUGUGCAUAAUCUGUGUGAAGCCCAACUAAAAAAUUGUCUGGAUCUCAUUUCAGCAACCCCAACUCGCUAUCUAAAGUUUCGUUUCCUAACCCAAAACCCACCACCUCCUUCUCACCUCCUCGCCUUCCAUUUCUGACUAUGAAAUCUCUUCAACUACAAUCCCACAAUCCAAUUCAACGAACACACUAAAAAGGGUCCGAUCCAAGCAAACCAACGCUUCUAUGGCUCUAAUUUCGCUGCCACCCAAUGCCAAACCAUACUCUGUUUCCCCGCAACCUCACCGACUUCGACGGACCACCCUCCGCCGCCGUACAAACCUCGCACACUCUGUAAUUGAAAGUAAUUUAGUCCACACCUUCACAUCUUCAAGAACCAAUCAUGGUAAGAGACCAUUGCCAAUUCUCACUGCAACGCCCAUAUCUGCGUCGGAGAGUUUUCCAGAGUCCAAUUUUGGGACAAUUACGCUCUCCGACGUGGUCGUGAAGCGGCGGAGGAGCGUGUACUGGGGUCGGAAUUGGAAUUCCAGGGACAUCGGCACCGCCAGUGUUGUAGUUUUCAUGCAUUUGCUCUGUUUUUUAGCACCUUUUACAUUCAAUUGGGGUGCUUUCUGGGUCGCCCUGGGACUCUAUGUUGUGACUGGGCUUCUGGGUAUUACUCUUUCCUUCCAUAGGAAUCUCUCUCACCGGAGCUUCAAGCUUCCCAAAUGGCUCGAAUACUUCUGUGCUUAUUGCGGUGCUCAAGCACUUCAGGGGAAUCCGAUUGAUUGGGUGAGUACGCAUAGAUAUCAUCACCAGUUUUGUGAUUCUGAGAGAGACCCACAUAGCCCUGUUGAAGGGUUUUGGUUUAGUCACAUUAGUUGGCUCUUUGCUACUGAUACUGUCAUUGAAAGGUGUGGAAUGCCCAACAAUGUUGGGGAUUUAGAGAAGCAACCAUUCUAUAGGUUUCUACAGAGGACUUAUGUUGUACAUCCAAUUGCACUUGCAGUUCUGCUCUAUGCAAUGGGAGGACUUCCCUUCAUUGUUUGGGGAAUGGGUGUGAGGGUUGUAUGGGUGUACCACAUCACUUGGCUAGUGAACUCAGCUUGUCAUGUGUGGGGAAAGCAAGCAUGGGACACUGGCGAUCUUUCCAGGAACAACUGGUGGGUGGCAUUGCUUGCAUUUGGAGAGGGAUGGCACAACAACCACCAUGCUUUCGAGUUCUCUGCUCGCCACGGACUAGAAUGGUGGCAGAUUGAUAUGACUUGGUAUGCAGUGAGGUUUCUCCAGGCAGUUGGGUUGGCUACGGAUGUGAAAAUACCCACUGAGGCUCAGAAGCAGAGGAUGGCUUUCAACAACAAUGGAAGAAGCAUUGCCACUUGAAGUCGGCUUUCCAUUUGAGCUCGUGCUUUUCAACUUAGUUCUGUUAUAAAUACAAAAACUGAUCAUACAAUCUGACACAAAAUACAUUGGAAUAAAUAAGAUUUUACUAGGCUUGUUAGUGUGGUUUACUCUUGAUUCUUGAAAAAUCUUAUUUAUCUUUGUGUAUUGUGUGUCUAAUUUUGUGAUCGAUUUUUGUAUUCGUAGAUGAGGCUAAAACUCUAUUCUCUAUAACAACUAUUGAACUUCGAGAUUUUAUUGUGUUAGUUUUGUCCAAUGUAAUUGAAGAAGUGAGUUGAUAAACAACAUAUACAAACAUCUAAUGACAUUUGUAAUA